AUGCCGGACCUCGAAACUAUCCGCUCGAGCAUUGCGCAGCUGCCAGAUGGACCGCCGCUCGUUGUAGCCUUGAUUGGAGGUACAAAUGGUAUUGGAUCGUAUGUAGCACAAACGUUUGCUUCUACGUUUGCAGGGCAUGGAUCUAAACUUAGGGUCUACCUCGUAGGACGCAAUGUUGAGCGAGCAGAGACGCUGAUGCAAUUUGGUCGCGAGACCAGCGCGGGCUCCGAGUGGCGGUUCAUCAGGGCAAAGAAUUUGGCUUUGAUGAAGGAGGUGGAUGAUGUGUGUGAGGAGAUUAUGCGGCAAGAGAAUCAGACAGAUGGGUUCGCCGGCGGACCACCGAGAUUGGAUGCAUUGUACAUGAGUUCAGCGCUGUCGCCAUUAGCACCAUCACCUCUCACGGAAGAAGGAAUUGAUUCGCAAAUGUCGUUGCUCUACUACUCGCGCAUCCGGUUCAUACAGAAUCUCAGUGGGUUGCUUCGAGCAAGCCCGACGACGGCGCAUGUCAUUUCCAUUUUUGCGGGAUCAGUCGAGGACCAGAUCAAGGCAGGUGAGGUGGCGAUUGGUGCGCCGGAGGCAGCAAUCUACAGUGUGACCGAAGUACGCAAGCGGACGUGCUUCAUGAAGACAUUUAUUUUUGAAUCACUGGCCGAGCAGCAUGAGGGAAAAAUCAGUUUUGUACACAUUUACCCUGGACUAGUAGACGGCCCCACUUUUCUAAGUGAGGAAAACCCGCUAUGGUUCCGUAUGUUGUGGAGGGUGUUGAAGCCAUUGGCAAGCUGGUUUAUGACGAGCCCUGAGGUGUGUGGGCAGGUCAUGGUGUCUCUGUGUACGGAGCGGUAUCCUGCAAAGGGAACAUUGACGGGGGACAAGGUUGCGUUGAGUAGUCAGAGGGAAAUGGGAGGGGGUGCUUAUGCAGUUGGCCAGCGAGGAGACGAGAGGAAGGAAGUGAGCUGGGCCAAGGCGCGGCGAGAUGACACUGCAAACAAGGUUUGGGAGCAUACCAUGGGGGUAUUGCAGGGUGCGAGAGAGAACAAUGCUGGUGGGUAG